AUGCCUUUUGGCUUAAGAAAUGCAGGGGCUACUUAUCAAAGGGCAAUGAAUUCUGUCUUCCAUGAUAUGAUAGGACAUUCUUUGGAAGUGUAUAUCGAUGAUGUGGUGAUUAAAUCCCCAGAAGAGGGAAACCACAUACCAAAUCUAAGGAGGGCAUUCCUAAGAAUGAGACCUUCAAGUGGGAAGAACAACCAACAAGCUUUUGAGGAAAUCAAGCAUUACCUCUCAAAUCCACCAGUUCUGUCCCCACCAAAGAGAGGCAGACCACUCAAGCUCUAUGUAUCUGCAUCAGAAGUAUCCAUUGGGAGUCUGUUGGUUCAAGAUAACAAGGAAGGAAAGGAACAGGCAGUCUACUACCUGAGCAGAACUCUGACAGAGGUGGAAAGAAAAUAUUCUGCAAUUGAAAGACUUUGCCUAGCCUUGUAUUUCACUACUGUGAAACUCAGACACUACAUGCUGCCAUACACCAUCUACAUCAUUGCCAAGACAGAUCUGAUCAAGUACAUGCUAACCAAGCCAAUGUUGAGAGGCAGAAUUGGAAAAUGGACCUUGGCCUUGACAGAAUUUGCCUUCAGGUAUGUUCCUCAGAAAGCUGUCAAGGGACAAGCUGUGGCAGACUUCCUAGCAGAUCAUCUUGGAGAGGAGAUUGAGAACAUGGACUCUUUGGAAAUAGCAAAUGCAGAUCUAUUAACUAGAGCUCACACUUGCUUUAACAAUCCUAUCUAUUCAGUUCAUCUCACACCUUGGAAGCUGUAUUUUGAUGGAUAA